CUGUUUUUAAAAGUAAUAUGAAGCUGUGAGUGAAGAUAAAUAAUGUUAUUACUAUAUUCUGGUUUGCACAGCUUUUCCCAGAUGUCCGACACCCUGUGUUUAAUCUCUUAUGGGCAAUUUAUGAAGCAUUUUAUGUGGCCACACUGCCACCUGCUGGACCAACACGGAAAACGACUUGUGGCCAGAGAAACUAAAACGAAAAGAAGAUGGAACAGGAUAGAAAGAAUGCAGCCAUGGCUCUGUGGUGCCGCCCUGUUUUCCAGACCCACCCAUUCUCUCUCUCUCUCUCUUUCUCUCUCUCUCUCUCUUUUCUCUCUCUCGGUCUCUCUCUCUCGCUCUCUCUCUCUCUCAUGCCAGGAAAGGGUUGAAAGGCAAGCUGCCAGGAUCAGAGCCGUAGUGAGAAAGGCAAAGCGAACGCUCUGAAACUCCACCACCACAGAGAAGAAGAAGCAGCUCCAGCAGGCUUUCCCAAGCAAGUCCUGAUCUCUACAGCUCCACACCACUGUCUUCUAGCAGACCCUUCCAUCCUCCUCAAAGCCAGUAAUGGAGACUCCGGCGCAGAAGCGUACCAGCCGCGGUGGGACGACCACCGUGCUCUCCCCGACACGCAUCACGCGCCUGCAGGAGAAGCAGGAUCUGUGCAACCUGAACGACCGUUUGGCGGUCUACAUCGACAAGGUGCGCUCCCUGGAAGUGGAAAACGCCGGCCUCCACUUGCGCAUCACCGAGUCGGAGACGGAGAUCAGCCGCGAGCUGGGCGGCAUGAAGGCGGCUUAUGAGAACGAGCUGGCCGAUGCCCGCAAGACCCUCGAUUCUGUUGCCAAGGAGCGAGCCAGGCUGCAGCUGGACCUCAGUAAGAUCCGUGAGGACUACAAGGAACUCAAAGCCAGGAACACUAAGAAAGAGGCGGAUCUGGAGAAGGCUCUGGCCAGGCUGAAGGAUCUGGAGGCUCUCCUGAACUCUAAGGAUGCUUCCCUUACUACAGCACUGGGAGAGAAGAGAUCUCUGGAGACUGAAGUCAGAGACCUGAAGGCCCAACUAGCGAAGCUGGAAGCUAGUCUCAGCGACGCUAAGAAGCAGCUGCAGGAUGAGAUGCUGAGGAGGGUGGAUGCUGAGAAUCGCAUCCAGACUCUGAAGGAGGAGCUGGAGUUCCAGAAGAACAUCUACUCUGAGGAACUGCGCGACUCAAAGCGGCGACACGAGUCCCGCAUUGUGGAGAUCGACGGCAGUAGGCAGCAGGAAUUCGAUAGCAAGCUGGCCGAUGCUCUGAUUGAGCUCCGCAGUCAGCACGAGGAACAGCUCCAUAUCUAUAAAGAGGAGAUUGAGAAGACCUAUAAUGCCAAGCUGGAUAACGCUCGCCUCUCGGCAGACAGGAACAGUCACCUGGUCGGAGCCGCUCAUGAGGAGCUGCAGCAGAUGCGUGUGAGGAUGGAGAGCAUGUCCAGUCAGCUAUCACAGCUUCAGAAGCAGCUGGCUGCCCGGGAGGCGAAGAUACACGAGCUAGAAGAGGGUCUGUCCCGAGAGAGGGACCUCAUGCGCCGCCGGCUGGACGAGAAGGAAAAGGAAAUGGCAGAUAUGCGUCAGCGCAUGCAGCAGCAGCUGGACGAGUACCAGGAGCUGCUAGAUAUCAAGCUGGCACUGGACAUGGAGAUCAGUGCCUACCGGAAACUGCUGGAAGGAGAGGAGGAGAGGUUGCGUUUGUCCCCCAGCCCCCCUCCCACCCGUGUGGUAUCGGUCACUCGUUCCUCAGGCUCGGGCACACACACCCAGACCCGCCUGGCACAGAGCAGCAGCUCUCGCACCGCGUCCGGCAGCACUAAAAAACGCCGCCUCAACGACACCGACAGCGAGGCUUCCAGCGUGACCGGCGGGACCCUGACCCGCACCCGCAUCUCCCAGCAGGCCUCAGCGAGCGGUCGCGUCACCGUGGAUGAGGUGGAUCUGGAGGGCAAAUACGUCCGACUCAGCAAUAAAUCCGACCAGGACCAGUCUCUGGGCCACUGGCAGGUGAAGAGGCAGGUGGGCUCUGGUAGUCCAAUUAUCUACAAGUUCCCUCCUAAAUUCAUGCUUAAGGCUGGACAGACCGUCACGAUCUGGGCUGCUGGAGCUGGCAGGACCCACAACCCUCCCUCUGACUUGGUGUGGAAAAGCCAGAACUCCUGGGGCACUGGAGAUCUGUUCCAGACCACUCUAGUCAGCGCCAGCGGUGAGGAAAUGGCAAUGAGGAAAGUCACACGCACGCUCUUCCAGGAUGAUGAUGAUGAUGAAAUGGCCGCUCACAGUACAGUUGGCGAAGGCGAGUAUAACCUGCGCAGCCGCACGGUGGUCUGCGGCUCAUGCGGUCAGCCGUCGGACAGGACCGGGGCCUGCAGCGUGACUGCCAGCUCGGGAGGUUCUAGUGUCACUCGUUCUUUUACCAGCGGCGGAGGAUUGGCCGAGGGCCUCGUCUCCCAUUCCCACUCCCACUUCAUCGUGGGCAAUAAUAAGCCCCGACAGGGGGGUCCUAAACCGGAGAGCUGCUCCAUCAUGUAAAUCCAGAACCAGCCAUGAUGUCUGCCCAGUUCACAAAAAUACAUUUUUACAAUACAAA